AAGGCCUACCCGGAAGUCCCGUCUUGUUAUUGCAGGGGAGCAGAGCACAGCUGUUUGCAGCCUAACAUCCUGCUGUUAGGGCUCAAAUAUCACUCACUUUGACUGUAUGUUAGUCUGACUGCGUCACGCUGCCUCCCGGUGUCCCGUAUAUAUAUUUUUUUACCGACUGCCGUUGCUCCAUUUGGGCGGGUUGUCUCGUGUCGUUCACGCGCGUGUGGGUGCUCUCGAGAGGAUGGUUCUGUCAACAUCACAACAAGUCGCCCUGGCGUUCACGGCCGUGCUCUUCACGUUUGUCGUCCUGCCCAGGCUGUUUGGCGUCGGUGGCGGUGCCGGGGCGAAGGAAACUAGAAUGGACUCUCGCCACGCGAGAAAAGCAGGUCCAGGCCCGGGUGCAGUGAGAGGUCAUCCCAUCAGUGUGAACACCCCUGGUUCCCCUCAGAGCCCUGAGAAUGUGCAGCAGAUGAAAAAGCUGAUGGAGCAAGAGCUGAAGAGCGACAAGUACAAAUCCAACAACAACAAGGGCUACGUGUUCACACUGAUGCCUCUCUACGCCAUCGGAGUUGGAGUGUUUGCAGCCUACAAGUUUUUGAAGAUCAAGUCUGCAGAUGACCAGGCACAAAAGGACAAAUUUGCAAAAGGAGCCAAAAAAUCAGUUGAGGCAGAGAACCAGUUGAAUGAGCUGGAACAAAGGCUAGCGCAGACGGAGCGGAUGCUCAAUUCCAUCCUCACUCAGCUGGACCCACUCACUAACUGUGUGAAGUCCGUGGCCCAGGAUCAGAAAAACGAGAUCAUGUCUCAGCUCCAGACUAUCCGGUAUCUGAUGAAGAAGAGAGGAAUGGACUGUCCACCCCUCAACUUCAACGAGGCAUCCUGCGGGCGAAAUCUAGAUGACCUCAUUGAGUCACUCGGAGCCAACGACACCUCCACCGUGGAAGCUUCUCUGGCGGAAAUGCAGGCCUCUGCAGGAGCAGCGGUGGCUUCUGAAAAAGUUUAUGAAAAGCAUUUGGAAGAUAAAGACAAAGCUACGACAGAAGGUGAAGAGAUGAGGGAGCUCAUACCGGAGGAAUCUGAAGGGGAAGCAGAGGGAGAAGGGAAAAUGGAGGAAGAGGAGGACGGAGAUGUAGAGGAGGAAGGAUUGGAGGACUCGGAGCCUUCACUAGAGGAGUCAUGGGAGACAAACAUUGAGGAGGUUGGAGCGGAGCAUCCUGUGUCAGGCCUCAGACGACGCAACAGGCCUGAAUGAACUCACUGCAGGACUUCUGCACUGUACAGAAAUGUGACAUAUUAUUCUGAAUAUUUAUUAUCCGAACGGCUUUCAUUCCAAUAAGGCUGUCUGCAUAUCCUUAAAAACAAAGAUUGCAUUCAUAAGAAACACUAACUACAUAGGAAAAGAAACAGUCAACACAUAGGGCCCCUUUUUUCCUGUUGUACCAGGCAAAAUGUAGGUCUAGGCUAUUAUUGCUCAUAUAGGUGCAGUGUACUAUGUGCAAAAGGGUUUGGUGAGUUCCUUUGUAAAGCAGAAUUUAAACUUGAAAAAACAGAUUCAGUUCUCUGUCAUAGAUGCAUUUUCUGACUGGUAUUCUCUGGUGGCAGAAAACACACAAAACACAUCAGAAGCACUAGUGAGCAAGAUGGGUGCCAACAGGCAGCACUUCAGACUCCUGUCUGAACACAGACCGGGGUGCAGAUGCAUAAAACUAGUCUUAAAAGUGUAACGACCUAAAUAAAAUUCUUUGUCUUGACUAAUUUUUCACACUUUAGCGUCAUCACAGAUUGCUAUACAGACACUGGAGUAUGCAUGAUCUUGCAUUCUCACCUCACUGUUUUUUAAGUGUGUGGGAAAUGUUUUGUUUUUUAAUGCAUACAUAUUUAUAUACAUCUGGCCCCAGGUCCUCUAAUAUCAACUCACAGCACUACACCCCCCCACCCCCUUACCAAAAUAAUAACACUUUAACUUGCUAUGCCUCAUCUGCUUGGGACUCUCAUCUUGUUGCUCCCCUCACUUUUGCAGUGUUUGCACUGCACUGGGUACAAACUACAGAAGAGACGUACUAACCACAGGGUAGUCCAGCAUAAAGCUAUUUGUUUUAGUCUCGUGCUGACUUGAUAGAGCCAAUAACCUCCUUUACUUUCUUGUUGUCAUUAAUUUUUUUUAACACAAAUUAUCACCUUUUUAAACAUGCCUGAUUUUGGAAUGAAAUUUCUAUACAUGUUUUGUUUUAGCACUGUCAUAAGUUUAGGUUUGUGCCUGCUUCUGAAUUCAAAUAGUUAAGGAAUAUAGACUACAUUAAAGGAGGUUGUCGUAAGUGUCACCUGUACCUGCUUAUUUGCCUUUACCACUCCUUACUCGCGGUGGACAACUUGUCAAACACAGAUCUAAGAUGUCCUACUGGGAGACUUAAACCAAAAAUGAAAAAAUGAUCUUUUGAUGCCAUUGUCCGACUAUCAUAAAUGCCACAGGACAGGAGCUUGGAGGUUUUUAAAGACAUAGCUUCUUGUGUCUGUUAGUCUAGAGAAAAUGUGCUUUCACUGUUGCAUCUUAACCCUGUACCAUCCCCUACUGCCACCCUGUGCCCGUGUCAAGUGUGAGAAAACUGCCGAGAUGAGUCCUCCCAUAAACACACAAUACAUUUUUUUUUUAACCAUAAAGGAAUUGACAUUCAUGCUGCUGGAUGUACAUUGUAAAAGUGUGGACUUGUGGCAUGUGGCCAUUGUGGCAAACACAACUCUAAAACAUAACUCUGCAUGUUUUUUUUUUGUUUUUGUUUUUUGCCUUCACCUUGUGACUGCAUGAUGUUUUUAUUUAUUCAAGAGGAAAAUGACAAUCAUUACGAUCAUUUAAUCAACCAGAGACACGUUCAAUUUCUCUGUUUGUUGGAUACUAAUAUGGUAUCCAAUGAAGAAAUAUACCAUAUAUUUCAGUACUUAAUUUGAAAUCUCAAUGAAAGGUUGUUUUAAGGAUGUUUCCAUUAUUUUCUGUUGUUUGGCUCUAACUCUACAUUUCCAAAUAGUUAACUAAUUUAGCUCCUGAUUUUAAAAAAAAAACUGAAAAUACAAUUUUGUCAUUGGCACUGAUGUCAGUCAUUACCCAGCAGCAUAUUUAUGACUGCAGUUAUGACUACAACAGCACUAGUUCAGUUAGUUAUAAAUCUUAGCAUGUACUGUAUGAACUGACCAUUUUUAUCUAUUACAGUUGAGGUCACAGUCAUUUAAUUGAACUUGGCAGUUUAUAACCGUAUCCUAAAUGUUGAUUAAAUAAAAUGUGAUAAGUAAGCUAUGUUACUAAAUAAGUUUAGUAAAAAUUAAAAAAGAAGUAACUGUCAAUAAGAUACUCCAGGAGUAUAGCAUUUAUAGUGCUAGAGGUCCACCUAUAUUUGAUGAGGAGCUACUCGACUUCACAUCCAUUUUAUUGCCAUCUGUUGGAAACCAUAAAUCUUUGCCUUCAUUUAUUUUGUAAAUGUUUUGUAUCAGUUCUCCACUUUAUGCAUUAAUACAUUUCUGUGUUUCAUGUGAGGGUUGAGUGAUGAAGCUCGGCUUGACUUAGUAGAAAAUAAAACGACAAAAAAAA